UCAAAUUGUCAAAAGUUUCUAUUUUGAAAAUACGUGAAAUUUUUAUCAAAAGCGAUUGCAAAACCCACAAAAUUAAUCAACAACUAGCGAGGUAUUCAACAUCUUAAAAUAGGCAUGUUGUUGUAUUGUACUUGUCGUAUUUUAUGAGUUGGCACAUUUUACAUAACAAAUUCACGUGAGGGUUUGUUGUGUAAAUAAAAUUGCAUUUCCUUGACCGGCAGUCGUUGUUGCGUGUGUGUUUGAUUAGGAUUAAAAUGAUAAUGUGUUAAAGUACUGUUAUGUGUUUUAAUCUGAUACGGACUUUGAACGCUUCCUCAAAAUGUUGGAAGGACUAGCGGCUUGGGUGUUGAAUAAUUACCUAGGAAAGUACGUGGAGAACUUGAACACAGACCAACUUAGCAUUGCAUUGUUGUCCGGCAAAGUUGAGCUUGAAAAUCUACCUUUAAAGAAAGAUGCCUUGCGUCACUUGGGUUUGCCUAUAGAGAUUAAAGCCGGCUUUAUUGGUAAGGUUAAACUACAGAUACCUGUUAGGCAAAUUAGGUCUGCACCGUGGGUCAUAGCUAUAGAACAAUUAUACUUAGUGGCAAGUCCACUACCAGUUGAGGAGUGGGAUGCAGAAUCAGAAGAACUAGCAGCACAAGAUCUGAAAUUGGGUGCUUUAGAUGUGAUCGAGGCUCGAUGGCGCUUAGAAACAGAAGCCAGAGAUUUAAGCUCCACAUAUUAUGCCUCUAGUUAUUCUUCAUGGCUUAGUUUUGGAGCAGGUUUAGUGUCAGAUAUUAUAGAAAAUCUACAGUUAAAAAUUCAAGAUGUGCACAUUCGCUACGAAGAUAGUGUUAGUAUCCCAAAAAAAUCCGUGGCUUUCGGAAUCACCAUGGAGUCCCUUUCGGCACAAAGCUGCGACGCUAACUGGAUUCCCGGAUUCUCACACUGGACUAAAGGACCCGAGUCUUUUAAAAUUCUAGAAUUACAGAAAUUCGCAGUGUAUUGGAUAGAUGUAGACCCCAGCAACUUGCUUUCAAAGCUGAGUUUAGGUGAUUUAGCCAUUUCCAUGUCGCCAAACCAAACGAGCAAACAAAUUCGCCACUACAUUUUGGCCCCAGUGAGCUCCCAAGCACACGUAAAGAGAAACAGAAGCGAACAACCAUUGAGAUCUAGCGACACUCCACGCCUAGUCUGUGAUUUAAUACUGGAUCAAGUUCCACUAACGUUAAUAGAUUGGCAAUAUGACCAAAUAGUCAAGUGUAUUAAAGGUCUAGACACUAUAGAUCGCCUCAGGAGUUACCGCCGCUACAAACCCGCUUGCACGGUCAAAGAAGACCCUCGUGCUUGGUGGUUUUACGCCAUCAGUUGCUUCUACCCAGGAAAACAACCAGCAAUUUGCCGCCCCAAACCCACACUAGAAUCCAGUUUACUAAAAGCUAAACAAAACGUCAAGUACGUGCAAAUCUACAUGAAAAUCUUAGCCACACCGAGUCUAGUGCUAUCACCUGACGAGAAAAAAAUGAAAGACGACGUGGAAUGGGACCGCGAAUUCGACGACUUGAAAGUGUUGCGGGAAAUAGCGAUGAGGUCGGUUUCGAUUCCCGAUAGAAACGCCACCAACGGGAACUCGGCAGGAAGGAGCAUGCUGGUGCGGUGGUUCCCGCAGUGGAUGGGCUGGUACUCGUCCCAAGCAUCAGAAACUGCUCCCAGCUCUCCAGAAACAACCCAGCUAGAGGGCGAGAUUCUUCAGGUUUUGAGCGAUUCGGCGGAGAAUAAUACCAUUUUGAAGAGGGAUGCGGUGUUUGGGCAUUUUAAUUUUUGUUUGAAGAGGGGUUGUUUGACGCUGUGUGCGUCGCAAGAAGAUACGGCUGAGAGCUCUCCCAUGUUGGAGUUAGAGUUUAAAAAUUUGUCGCUCAAUAUUUUGAGUAAGCCGCGGACUUCCUCACAUUUGGUCGAGUUGUCUCUGGGUGCUCUAUAUUUGAAAGAUAAAAUUACUUUUAAUACCAUGUUUCCGGUUUUAAUGGGGCCACCGGGGUUUGAGCGGACCACUUUCGGGAGGUCGCAAGGGCCGAGUCCUAGAGCGAGCGUUGCGAGCAAGUUGGAGGAGGGGAAUGAAUAUUUGUUUUAUUUAGCGUAUGAGAAGAAACCUCAAAAUUCGGGCUGUGAUUAUAGGUUGUGUAUACGUUCAAAGUGCUUGGAUGUAGUGUAUCAACCCAACGCUGUUCGUUGGUUGACAGAAUUUCUUUGCUUGCCUCACCAAAGAGACAUCACUCAGUCACGAAUUGAGGCAAUGAAAACCAGAACCAAAAAAGAAUUAAUCAAAAAUUGGGAACAAAUACUAGAUGGGCGAGUUGUGGCCAGAACAACCUGGGAACUAGAACUGGACAUAUCCGCCCCCCAAAUUAUUUUUGUGGAGCAAUUUACCGAUAAUAAUUCUGCAAUGGCUGUGAUAGACUUUGGAAGACUUCAACUAAGCAAUUACUCUGUACAGAACGAAGCAUGUCCUAAACCUGAUUUCAUAACCAAAGAAAGCGAGGAUGACGAAACAUUCCUCACACCCUGUUCCACGCCCCCAGCGAGCGAAGCGAGCGACUCCGACGAACACACCCUCGAACUCCUACCCAGUUUAGAACACGACACGAAAGUCUCCUUCACCGAAAAAUCGCUACACCACCGACUCUACGACCGCUACUGCGUCGAAUUAACCGACCUUCAAAUCCUGAUCGGAAAAGUCAAAGACAACUGGCGCUACGCGCACAAUAAGGGUUCCUCGACUUUGCACGUCCUCGACCGCUUCAACAUAUCUCUCCAAAUCGAAAAAAGGCUAGUUCACACGUCCGAUCCUCUAUACCCGAGUUUGAUCAUCAAUACGAACUUACCGAAAUUGGUUGCGCAUUUAAAUGAGAGCAAAAUAACCGCCGCUCGCACUCUCGCUCAUAUUAUUACGAUAACCGGACUCCCGUCGCCGUUUAAGACUCCAGACAAUGUUGUGGAAGUGGUUACGGAUACGGGGCAAGAUGAGGACGAUUCGGCGAGUCUUGACACCAGUGUGGAGAUGUCUAGGUUGUUGAUGGUCCAGUUUACGGUGGACCAGAUGUCAUUGGAAGUGCAAAGUAGAGGGCGCUGUGUCGCUGAGUUACAAGUAGCGGGUGUUAAAGUUGCGUUUACGAAGAGACCGAGGGAUAUUAGUGUCACUUUGACCGUGCAUAGUUUGCUUCUGGUGGACGCUUUGCAGAAUUUUGGGCCGGAUUUUGAAUUGUUGAUUGCUAGUCAUAAGCACGUUGGAAUGGAUUCGAUGUCGGGGAGUUUGAGAGAUAGUGAACCCACCUCUCCCACAUCUCCAGCAAGUCCGGACCCCACACUAGGUCGAACUGGAGCAACUUCACCAAUCGCACUAAAGCAAGCCCUGAGUAGCUUAGCUACUUCGCCCCCUCUGGCCUUCGGUGGCCCCCCAAGACCACCCAUCAUCAUAGACGCGGAAGCUUUAAUCUCCAUUGAAGUGGUAAUAGUGAUGGGUCCAGAACCUGUACAAAUAGCAAACAUACAAUUCAACAAUCUCGACAUAAUCGCAAAUCAAGAAACAAUAGUCGAAUUGAUAGGGUUCACCCAACGCGUAUUCCCCAAAUCGCAAAAACCAUCAACCAUAAAUUUAUCGUCCUCGAUAUGUACAAACGUGCGCGAAACCACAGCUUCCACCGAGUCGCUUUUAAAAGAGUCGUCGAAAUUGGGUUCCACCGAGCUUACUUUCGACUUUCACCGUCUGAAUGUGCUUUUGUUGCGAGGAGUAGUACGAGAGGGGGUCUUGUGUGGGAAAAAAAUCUGUACGGCCACUAUGAGUGACGCCAAAAUCCAGGCAACAGUCGCGGAUAAAGUCGAAGUCGAAGGCUCCCUAGGUGGCCUCCAAGUCCUCGAUCUCACUCCAGAGGGUCAAAUGCACCAACGCAUAAUCAGCGUAGGCAGAGACCCUCUCCUGGAGUCCAUGCAUCCGAUAUACACCAUGUCGGCGCCUCACGAAGACGACCGAACCGCUUUUAGCUUCAAGGUUGUAAGAAGUCUGGACAUGAACGACAAAGAUGUGGCUAAUGUGACAGUCCGGAUGGCGUCGUUGUGGUACACGCAUUCGCCGCAGUUCGUCAUGGAGCUGCAGUCGUGUGCGUCUGAGUUCAAACAGUAUUUGUCGAAUCUGGCGCGCUCGAUACGAACCGCCGCCACCGAUAUGGCGUUGGGGUUGGUGCAUGCUAGGGCCGAGGCUUUGGCGCAGUCGCUGUACAUGAACGCGCGACUGUCGACUUCGAUUUAUGGAAGCGCGUUGUCGUUUUCUGAGUGCUCGUCACCGAGGAAAAGGAGGCGGAGUAGUUCGAUGGAGGCGUCGGGGUUCUCGUCGGCUAGGGAUACGAUUCCGCAGACGCCGUAUAGUCCGGAAGAUGAGGAUAACUUGAUAAUUGACUUAAGACUUGAUGUUGAGCUAGACAGUCCAGUCGUGGUUCUUCCACAAGCCAGCAACAGUCCGAAAGUUUUCGUGGCACAUUUAGGAAAAAUCAGCAUCAACAACAAAUACGAAAACGAGUUUGAGAAUGGUCACGACUUCGACUACUCGAAUUUCCGUGUAGAACACUACGUCAUUGAAAUACGUGACAUGAACCUAUUUUCAGUAGACACAAGCAAUAGGAGAGUGCCUGGACCUAUGAUAAGCAAACCCGAAAUCCUCUACAGUUGUAAGUCCUCGGCCAAACCCAUUUUACACGACACAGUCCUCCAAUUAAAAAUCGAACGUGAAAUCAACAAGAACACGCCCACGAGACACAGUAGCGAAUCAAACCUUCUUCUGGACGAUGACGAAACCGUAAACCACCACCCCUUCAACGAAUAUGUUUAUAUCAAGGGUAGCGUUGUCAACGACUUAAAAGUGUCGCUCACGCGCACCCAAUACGAACAGCUCCUAGACACGUUACAGUGGUUGACGUCGCCUCAAGUCAUGCUCGAUAUACAGGGUGUUUCCAGAACCAACAUCAAACCAAUGGGGGCGUUAGCAAACAUUAGUGAGGAAGACACAGGGGUCACCACACUCAACAUGGACCCUCACGUCCGCGCCAAAUUAUUCCCUUCAGUCCAAACUAGAGUUAAAACUACCCCACAAACCAUGGUAUCCCUCAGAGUCCUCUUCGAACUUCCAGUUUUCACAAUCGAGCUUCGAGGAGACUCCCCUACCGGUGAACAAGGUCUAGUCGACUUAUCUUUCCGAGAUUUUAUUUUCAACUACGAGAAGUGCCACCUAUACGAAACCAAUGUUCAAGUGUCGCUGCGGUCGAUCUUCAUGGAAGAUUUGCUUCAACCGGAAAACACUAAACAGAGAGCUAUGGUGGUGUCGUCGUCCGGGCACGUACCACAAAGCUCGGCUUGCGUGUCGCGUUCUUGUCCCGAUGUAUCCUAUAUAUCCCACUUUACUAGUCCGUCACACGGGUCUUUACCCGAUCAUUUGGAAACGGCACGAGUUUUCGGUAUGAGACCGAUGAAAAUCCAGGAGAAAAUCGACGUGGUGUGUCCGUGUACGCCGCCCCCGAGUCCCUCCCACGGUAAAAUUCGACCAGAGAGGAAUCUCGUUUUGAUCAGUACGUUAUUAGUGGAUCCGUCCGCUCCUAAUUUUAGUACGAGUUAUAAUUCGAUACAACGAUCGACUUCAGUGGAUUUCAAUUGUUUGGAUUUGGUGAUUAGUGUCGAGUCGUGGGUUGUGGUUAUUGAUUUUUUUAGUGCCUCACCGUCGAGUUCUUCGCGUGGUGCCUCUGCAGUGAAUGUGAGUGUGCCGAGUAGCGAAGGGUCGCAGUCUGCCGCUAAAGAAAACUCCGAAACCAACAUCACCGUCCGCUCUUUAACCCUAGUCCUCGUUCGCCCCGACCGAGAAGUAGCCAAAGCCAACAUAUCAAACGUAGACAUCUCGGUCAAAACAAGUGGGUUAUUUAAGGAAGUCCAGGGUAAGUUAGGGUCCAUGUCCCUGUUAGAUCUCACCUUGCAUGGCCAAUUAUACCGCGAAAGAUUCAUAACGACCGGAAAGCAAGCUUUGCAGUUUAGAUACAUAAGAGAUUCCGAAAACAAGAGUUUGGAUUACGAUGCGCAACUAUCCAUUGACAUGUCCUCGGUUAUGUAUGUGCAUACUAAACGAUUCGUUGCUGAGCUGCAGGCGUUUUUUAACCAUUUCACCCAAUUGCAAGCUGUUAUGAAAAGUAUCAGAGCUGCGACUAGUGGGCAGACGAUACGCGACGAUCCGUUAAAACUGUCUUUGGUGCUCAAAGCCGGUUCUCCGAUGAUUCUGUUACCAGUGAGUUCGAAAUCUUCUGAUUUGUUGAUCGUGGAUUUGGGGCAACUGUUAGUUACGAAUUCGUUCAAACUAUCAGGCGAUGCAGACACUAUAAGUGUACCUUUGAGUGAUGCGAAACGGUGUCUAUUAGACGUAAUGGUGAUUGAACUAGACAACUUGGAUUUGUAUGCAGGAGUGAAAGAAAACGAGUUUAGCGCAUCCAAAGACUGUUUCAAAUUAGGUUGUGGACAAGUCACCAAACGAGGACCGUCGCUUUUGAAGGAAAAAUUCCACCUGAAACUCCAAGUCGAACGAAAUUUAAGUAACAAUGUUUGUCAUAGCGUUCCCGAUAUGAGUAUUUAUGGACAAUUAUCGACUCUGGAUGGUCUCUUGGAUCUUUCGCAAUAUCGUUUAAUCCGAGGUUUGUUAAUUUAUAAUUUGGGUGAAGACACAGAACGAGUGUUACCGUCUGUAACUCCACCACCAAUCAACGCAGACCCGAACAUUCGCGACGUGUGGACUUUAUCGUCGUUAAAACUCGACUUACAAAACGUCACUUUGUGUCUACAGACUGAUACUAACUCAGCGCCGUUGACGUGCAUCAAUUUUAUUAAAUCGCGGCUCACAGUAGAAACGUUUAGUAAUUUCAGUCAAGACGUUGAUUUGAUCUCUCAAGAAAUUUUGAUUCUGGAUACUCGAUUUAACGACGUGCCUGAAGAUAGCCGUUCCAAUGUUUUCCAAAACAUACUACAACCCAUAAAACACUCAAAACAAGAAAAUUUAGUGCAGGCCGAGAUUCACAGUAGGAAACGGUUGGAACAUUCGAAGUAUACCAUUUUGUUGAAUAAUAUGAGACUGAUGGCUGUGUUCGACUGGUGGGAGUCGGUUCAGAAGUACAUAUUUCAACAAAUCGAGAACGUUUCGAGUAGUCCAGAACACCAGAAGGUUGUUACGAGUAAGAAAACCGAUGAGACUCCGUAUGAGUUGAAGUUGAAUAUAACCGACUCCGAGAUCGUUGUGGUUGAGGAUACGUCUCAAUGGGAUUCGAAUGCCGUUAUUUUAAAGAGUACUACGGUUGUCACCUACAAACCCUUCAACAUCGAAAAACCGCUAUCUUGUAGUUUAAACAACUGCGAGAUGUUUUCGUGUAUACUCGGAAUGGAAGACGAAACAGCGUUAUCUAUCAUAGAUCCGAUUACGUUGAAUAUGGAUAUCAACAAAGACCACAUUCUAGAAGCCCAGCUUCAAUUUUUAACCGUUCGAUUGUCGUACCAUGACAUGUGUAUGUUUCUACAAAUGCUUAAUUCCAUUCCGAAACAGAUGUUUGCGUCUAAGGAACAAGAUCACGAAGACGUGAUCGUUAAAAAUCGAAUUGCCAGAUUAACGGCGCUGGGUUUCAAAAACGACGAUUGUGUGAAAGCGUUGAGGUUGUGUGACCAGAGUUUAGAUGAUGCCGCUUUGUGGCUGACCCAGAACGCCGCUCAUUCCCAUUUCGAAGUCAGAAGUCCGUCUCCACUUAACGUUAAAGCUAUCGAGGUUAAAGCCAACUGCAUAUCGAUUUGUAUCAUCGACGAUUGCGGCGAUUCAGACGUCCCUUUGCUCGAGUUAUCCUACGCAGAAUUAAAUCUGCACCAGCUUUUACCCGAAUUCGAUAUCAAAGAUCCGGUGUACCCGCAAGGUACACUCGAAUGCGUCUUAACCGGCGACUACUACAACCGCGUGUUAUCCGGCUGGGAACCAAUAAUAGAACCUUGGAAAUGCAAAAUCUCAUGGGAAAAAUCUCUCACCAAAGACCUGAAACGAAACCGCUUGAACUUAAAAAUCGAAUCAGCUAAAGUCAUCAACAUGAACAUCACUUCAACCCUAGUCGAACUCUACAAACAAGUGAAAGAAAACUGGACCAAAGAUUACUACAGUGGGGACGACAACCAUAAAGAAAAAUCGCCAACGUUUCGACGCAGGUCGCCUUUUGUACCGUUCGCGCUCAAAAACGACACCGGGUCACCGCUGCAGUUCACGACUUUGAUAACCGAACUGAAUAAGUUUAAAGCGGCGCCGGACUACAACGCCAGCGAUUCGUGGGUACUGGUGGCUCCAGGUGAGACGGUACCGUUUUCGUUUCGAAAUCGGGUGAAAAUGAGGCACCACGACUCGCAUAAAAUGAAAAUGCAUCAGUUGGGUGUCAAAGUGGAAGGGUGGGAGACGCUAACUCCGGUGACUGUGGAUAAAGUAGGGAUUUACUUUCGAAUUACGCAUGCGCAGGUUCAGAAUAGGUCAUUAAGCGAAGUACCAUCAGCUCGAAUCGUAUUUGAUAUUUCGUUGGAAGGCUCGGCUAGGAAACUCAUCACGGUGCGGUCUGCACUUGUCAUUUUUAAUAAGUUGCCACAUUCCGUUGAUCUGAAACUAGAGAGUCAGCUGCCUCACUCGUCAGUGACUAUGUGGGCCGCCAGCAAGACUUUCAACAUCGACAGUGGUGGUUCUUUGGCAGUACCGGUGGUUCACGCGCAUUCUUUAAUAACAGCACGACCUACGGGUUUCUCUUAUAAUUAUACGUACUGCUCGCCGACUUUGUCGUGGUCGCAAAUGCCCAGUUAUAUAGAUUCUGUGUAUGAACCCAGAAUAUGUCACUCACACAAAGGGCACCUCUACAGGUUUUGUACCCAGUUAGUUAAGGAGGCUCACAGUAGUGAAAAAAACAUCCACUUGGGUCAGCCCGCCCACAGAAUAAUCCUCCUACCGGCUGUAAAGCUGUGCAAUCUUCUACCCAUCGACAUCAGCUAUCAUAUAUCAGGGGACAAAGGCACAGUCACCGCCGGAUCCAACUCAGCUAUUUCAAACGUGAACCUCGACGACACCGUCGAGCUAGACGUGAUCUUAGAAAACUUCACAACGACGAGCAAAGUCGUCAUUCCAGUAGGGUGCAACAUCGAUUUUAAAUGUAGAAUUAACCUGGAGGAUGAACGUGGAAGAAAACUAUUUUUGUUAGCCAUCGUCUCGCCAAAUAACGGUGCCAAACUCAAAAUCACGGUCUCGGCGCCAUAUUGGAUCAUCAAUAAAACAGGUCUACCUUUAGUUUUUCGCCAGGCUGGAACGUCCCACGAGAGUGCAGGCCAAUUCGACGAACACGAAAUCGCAAGAAUGGUUAGCCCUCUACUUUUUAGUUUUGCAGACCAGGAAGCAAGCCCUACGAUUAAUGCAAGAGUCGGCAAUUACGUCAUACCGGAUGGCUCACCUCAGUGGUGUUCGAAUUUUCACGUACAAAAAGGUAUACAGGUGAAGAAGUUGCACGUGACUAUGCGCGACGGCAAGCCUGAUACGGUGUUCAUUGUGGGUGUUGAGGUCCGACCGGGUCGUGGCAAGUAUAGGUCAACCAGUAUUAUAACAAUCUCGCCAAGGUACCAACUGUACAAUCAAAGUUCCUAUAAGUUGAUGUUCACUCAGAGUUGCUUUGCCAAGAACUUGACGGAUUCCAAGUCGCACAAAACUUGCCUAAAAGUCAUGCCAAAUUCACACAUUCCUUUCCACUGGCCCCGACUCGACAAAGACCAGUUGUUGUGCAUCUCCAUCCAAGACAUCCCGGAUUGUUGUUGGUCCGGUGGUCUUAAAAUCGACGAAAUCAAUUCCCUACACGUGAAUGUCCGUGACUCCAACGGACGGGUUUAUUUCCUGAGACUCGAAGUUCUUCUUCAAGGGGCCACUUUCUUCAUUAUUUUCACAGAUGCCGACACGCUGCCGCCCCCUAUCCGCGUGGAUAAUUUCUCCGAAGUCACUAUACGCUUUGCCCAGACUUGCUGCAAAGAUUUGAUGCAUAGUACGGCACGAGCACACAGCAGCGUCCCAUACGCUUGGGACCAACCCACCGAGCGGCAAUUCCUCACAGUCACAGUCCCGGGCGGGGUCUCAGAAACCUACGACUUAAACAAACUCGGGAGUGCGUCUAGUCUUACCUACGAGAAUUUCAUCUACAUCGCCUUCACCGGAACCUUCAAAAAUGAUCAAGAUAUGCUCGAUCCGCUCGAUGUCGAAAGCCAGGAGUUAGUACUGGAUGUUGCUAAUGCUAAUCAGGUUGUUCUGAGCCGGAAACGGCAGGGGUUGAGGUCUCAGUUGUGGCGGAUGACGCCGGAAGGGCGCUUGCAACACGAAGGUAGCAGUCCGCCCUCAUACCCUCAUCAACCUACCAAGUCUGAUAAUGUUCUGGUUUUGGAUAUUGAGAAUACGGCGCCUCAACCUAAUACGUACUCUAGGUUGGUGUUGCGCAGGGUUGAUCCUAGGAGAAGGUCCACGCAGACGUGGAGGUUCACCGAAGAAGGAAGGCUGUGUUGUGCCCAUUGUAAUAUGUGUGUGCAGGCUCAGGAUGGAUUUUUUGGGUUGAGACAAGGGAGUAGAAAUGCCGGGAGCUGGCAGCAGUGGAAUUCGGCCGUGUUAGGUUUCCCCCAACCCAUAUGCCACAAACUAACCGAUUCAGGCAUACCCAUAGAGCAGGCGAUAAGUCGCCAACGACUUCGCCCCGGCUCCGGUCUGCUAUCCGUGAGCAUAACCAUGGACGGUCCAACUCGCGUCCUGAGCAUAAAAGAUAUGAAAGAAUCCCGAAUAUACGCCACCCCAGACGACCGAGAGUGGGGCAGCAUAUCACUAAAACAAAGACCAAACCUCACUGUAGACGAAAACGAAGAAAAAGUCGACAAACGAGAAUUACAAAUAACCGUGAACUUAGAAGGACUCGGAAUCAGUUUAGUUUGCUGCAAAACCCCGGAAGAGUUAUUAUAUGCACUAUUUUCCAACAUAGUCGGCGAAACUGUGAUCACACCCUCGUCGAAACAAUUUUGUAUAAGCGUGGGAGACGUGCAGAUUGACAAUCAGUUAUUCGAAACCCCAGUUCCUGUCGUUCUCUACGUUACACCCCCAAAUUCGCGCAAUAACGACGAACUCAAUCACAGACUGCCAGCAAUCGACUUCACGGCAGAACUCCAAGAGAAACUGAACACGAACGCCGAUAUUUUUAAGUAUCUCAUUUUACGUUUGAAAAAAAUUACAAUCAUCCUUGAAGAAAAACUUCUUUUGAAGUUGUUUGAUUUCAUUGGUUACCACUCGCGAGAGGAAGAACUGAUUAAUAAAGACGAGAAUGAUUACGAAGUGCAGCGGUUGCUCCUCGAGGUUUCUGCAGCCCACUCCAAACGCUACUAUUUCGGGGUAAUUCAACUAAUCUUGGACCAAAUACGACUGAGCGUGAAAACCGCCACCAAACUUCCGCCACACUUACAAAAAAUCAAACGCAAACUCGGCCUGACUUUAAUUAAAUUCGAAGACGCCGCCGUCGAUUUACAAGCGUUUGACAGGCGACACCUCUUCGAAACGAGCCAGUUUUUGAUCAACUCCAUCAUCAAGCACUUCAAGGACGAAUUGAUGUGGCAAGCGGGCAUAAUUCUCGUCUCGGUCGACUUCCUAGGGAAUCCUUUGGGUUUCGUUAAUGACGUUUCCGAAGGAUUCUCGGGCUUGCUAUUCGAAGGCAACGUUGGAGCUUUGGUGAAAAAUGUGACUCACGGGAUAUCCAACAGCGCUGUGAAAGUCACCGAGUCGAUUUCGGACGGUUUGGGACGUGCGGUUCUGGACGACCACCACGAAGAAGUGCGCCAAAGAAUCAGACAGGUGGAAAGUGGUCGCAGUCGAGACCAUAUAGUGGCGGGAUUCAAGGGUUUGGGUUUUGGGAUUCUAGGGGGCGCCACUGGUUUAUUUAAACAGGUGUAUGAAGGGGGUUCAAAUGAUGGUUUUCCAGGGGUAAUCUCAGGUAUCGGGAAAGGUCUAGUAGGUGCUGUUACUAAACCAGUAGUCGGAGUUCUCGACUUUGCGUCAGAAACAGCUAGAGCGAUCCGGGAUUCAAGCAGAAGUAAGUCAGCUCCUGAGCGUAUAAGACUUCCGAGGUGUGUUUGCGGCCCGGGUAGUUUACUACCGCGGUAUACUUUUAAGCAGAGCCAGGGUCAACUAUAUUUAUAUAUGGUUAACGAUAAAAAUUACAAAGAGCAGUUGGUUGCCUAUGAAAUCCUUGGUAGUGCAUCUGAAGAUUUGCACUGCAUUGUUUCUAACCUGAAGUUACGUAUAGUCGCGAGUACGCAUGCGCCUGAACUUACUCCAGUCAUAGACUGUCACUUAAGUGAUUUAGAGUCAUGCGAUGUCAUUGUGGAAAAAGAGGGUUCUGAAUCUAGAUACUACAUUGAGAUUGUGAUGCACGUUGCUGGAACAAGCGCCGCUUUGGUAAAUCCGGAUCCUGUAAAAAAACCAAGAGUUCGUUGUAAAUCGGCAGAUUUAGCCAAAUCAGUAUCCCAGCAAAUCAAUUAUGCUAAACGACUGUAUUUCGAACGACUUUAUACACUAAGCAGUGACAAUAUCAUCAAUUUAGAAGACUGAACUUUAUCCACAUUGUUUGUUUACUAGUAUUAUAUUUGUUGACUCUUUAUUCUUUUCUCUGGGUUUUAACACCUACUUGUUUCUAUUUAUUCCUCAUUUAUUUAAAGUGCCUUUAUCAAUUUGCUUUUGAUGUGAACUGUGUAAAUAGGCUGUUGAUGCGCAUUUGGUUUUUAGUUGUUUUAUUUAUUUCAUUAGGGAUUGUUUUGUUCUUUUGUUUUUUAUUAAGAGCAAUAAUUUUCAACAUGAACUAACGUGUAAAUAAUGUUACUAUAAUUUUUUACCAAAGAUUAUAUUUCAUUGGUGUUGCUAUAAAGUUUUAUUAUAA